AUGCGUGCCAUUCAUCUCCCUAGUGUCCCUUCAGGACAAGUCCCUCCGUUCAACUUCCCAGACAACCCGGCAUCCCCCUCUGAUCUACGAUACACAGCAGCCGGUUAUCCAGAACCUGUCUGCCCAUCAUCAGCCUCAGAACACAUGUACCUGGUCCGCGUGCUCCUCACAGCCCUGACACGAGGCGAGCUCACGUGGCAAGAAAUCCUCGACCCAUCGCGCUUCCAACCCCACGGCGGCGCAAUCCCCGGACACGACGUCGUCGGUGUCAUUGAAAAGGUGUUUCCAUCCUCCAAAUCGUCCGCAGAGGCAAAGUUCUCACGCGGCGAUCAGAUCUGGGCACUUCUGGACUUUGACCGCGACGGCGCUGCCGCAGAGUAUACCCUCGCCAAGGAAACCGAACUCAGUCUGGUGCCAAAGAAGACGCAUGCCAACGGGCUCACGGGUUACCAAGCUCUCUUUACGUACGGGGGACUUCCCCUCCCGACAGCAUCGACAGCCGCGCCGUCGAAGAGAGUCCUCAUCCUCGGCGCAGCAGGCACUGUCGGCCUGCCUACGCUCCAACUCGCAAAAGCAGCCAACAUGACCGUGAUCGCCACAGCCAGCGCCGCCUCCUCCGACCUAAUCGCCUCGCUUCUCGACCCAUCAACAGAUACACUGCUAGACUAUACGUCUCCGGGCUAUGUAUCCGUUGCCUCCUCUUUCCGCGCCCUGAAUCUUCCGCCGGUGGACCUAGUAGUAGACUGCAUCGGCGGCGAGACACUCUCCUCCUUGCUCCUGACAACAACGCCGCCGCUCUCCCCCAUCAUCCAUCCCAGUGGAAGCGUUAUCACAGUUGCCGCUCCCCUGGAAGUCCACGGCGGGUCCACAUCUGCACAGAUCACGAAGAAUUGUGCAAGCGCGGGCGUGGCUGCUGGGUUCUUCGUCGUCAAACCUUCGGGCGAGCAACUGGACACCCUCGGUGGUUGGGUCAGGAAGGGAAAAUUGACCGGCUAUGUCCAAGGAGAAAAGGCAUUCCGGCUGGGAGAUGGAGAGUUAGCGAUGCAGGUUGCGGAGGCAAGGGGCCGAAAGGGUGGUGGGAAGGUCGUGGUCAGGGUUGUCACGCAGUAA